CAGGAGGGCUCCUCUCAAAGUUAGCUGUGUCACUGUCUGGCCACUUAGUGCACCGCCGUGCCGCCUUUAUGCAUGUGCCUGAGAGUGUGUGAGGGCACACAGCAGAGCGUCCGUGGCUGAAGACUGACUCCCAGCCUCGCGCCUUUGCUCUCAGGGCUCCAGUUAGAAAGGAUGAACUAGAGAAGACGCACCCCUGUAUCUUUGUCUUUCUCUCUCUCUCUUUGUGUCUUUCUCCAUAUUUAAAUCAUGGCUGGAUUUUAUAGCUGCCUACGGGGGAGAAAUGAGAGCGACAUGGCGUCGGGACUUCCAGAUGUGAUGGUGAAUCAGGAGGCAGCGGAAACCUCGGAGGAGUGUUCAGGAAAAAAGAAGUCAAAAUUCCAGACAUUCAAAAACUUCUUUGCCAAGAAGAAAAGAAAAGAGGCUGCAGUUCCUGUUAACGAGAGUGUUUUGAAGUCCAGUCAGUCUAGUGACAAUGUCAAUGCUCCCGAGGUCACACCAGCCCACUCUGAUGCAGACCAGGACUCUGGGUCGAAAGUUAACAUGGGGAACAAGGCCAUGUCACAUGACAGUGUCUUUGUCUCUGACUCCCCUUCAUCGGAAGCCAAUGACGGCCUCGCGUCUUCUCAGGACAGCAUUCAUGGGAAAGUGAAGUCUCUGCAGCUGCAGCUCAAACAGGCCAUCAAGUUGGGCUCCCCCCCCUCUCUCAUCUGUGUGAAGAAGGGGGAGGAUGCGGGGGCCCUGUCAGAGGAUGACGGCCUGCCCUGCAGCCCCCCGGAGAUCUCCACCCUGCACACCGUCCUGACGGGGUCAUCUCACAGGUCCUCUAACCUGGUCCAGAGGACAAGCUCGCUGAGCCUGGAGGGAUCAGAGAGUGAGGAUGACCAGAUGUCCUUGGAGGCAUCCUCCAGACCGGUCAGUCCUCUGGUCACGCUCCCGGUGGACUUCAGCCAGCCCGCCAGCCCCGCUGCCUGCCUGGACACCUCAGCUGCCCGGCACCGCAUCGCCGUCAGACACAAGGCCUGCGCCAAGAGGAAGCCUGCCAGCAGGGAGAUACUUGAGGGUGGUAAAGUGAAGGUUUUGAGUGGGAGAGUGCCUCUCAUUGUAAAAGAAGAGCGACUGAGCACAGUCACAACAGAGCCGUCUGCUGAGGAGAAAAAUGAAGAUGAGCCGAUGAGAGAGACAGAGUAUGGUGAAGAGCAGGAAGAAGACGCUGAAGCUGCUCCUCCUGCGAGUGUCCUGCCUGUUUCACAGACAGAGACGGAGCCUGCAAUUCCAGAUGAGCCCUCUAAGAGUGAGGCAGAGGAGCAGAGCUCUGCACAGGAUCUUUGCUCCUCCUCAUCCUCCUCCUCUUCCUCCUCCUCCUCCUCCUCUUCUGACUCUGAGACAGAAUUAGAUGCUGAGGAGGCCCUUCCAGCCACUGACCCUGUCCCAGACCUCCAGCAGCCCCUCCAGCUUGCAGCUCCUCUGACCAAUCUCCAGGAAUUUUCCUCAUCUCUGGAGCCCCCUGCUGGACAAUCCACAGACCCACUGGAUUCUGAGUGCGAGGUCCCAGCUGAGGAGCCCAGCUCCCUGCUCCAGGAAGUGUUGAGCUCACUGGAGUGCCCUAUGACCUCUGCAUUUGUGCUGGACCCUAAUGCUGUGGCCCUAGAGGUCAAUGAGGCAAACACAGGUAUUGAGAGCAUGGAAGAAGAUUUGACGGUCAUACCAGGUUCCUUGUCCCCUGCCUCAGAGGAGGAAGAGAAGGGUGAUUUUGCCCCUGUGUCUAUUGCAUACAGCAGCCCUGAUGCUCCAGAUGCAGAGCUGUCCAAGGAAGAAGAACCUGCUGAAUUAGAGGAAGGUGAUGAUGAGGAAGAAGCAGCCCCUGCUGAAAGUCUCAUUGAAGAAGAGGAAGAUCUCUCUGAGGGAAGUGGAGAAGCCAAAGUAGAGGAAGAGGAGGAGGAAGAGCAGGAGGAAGCCAUGCUGGAAGAGGUAGAGGAGGAAUCCAUUAAGAAGAAGGAAGAGGAGGAGGCCAUGGAGGAGGGGGAAGCUGUGGAGGAUGAGGUAGAAGAAAAGGAGGUAGAAGCCAUGGAAGAAGGGGUGGAGGAUGAAGAGGAGGAGGAUGACCAAGUAGUGACAGCCUCAGAGGUCCCUCUGCAGGAAGUUCUUGCAUAUUCAUCAGAGGGUGAAGAAGAGGAGGAAGAAAAGGAUGACAUGAGAGUGGAGCUGGCACCAGAGAUCCAUGAGUGUAUGUUCUCAGAAGAGUCUGAGACAGCAGAGGUGGACCUGGUCUCUGCGGAUGCAGUGAAGCCCCUGUCAGAUGACAGCUCUGACUCAGAACAGAGCAGCACAGAGAGCACAGAGUGCACCAUCGAGCUGUCUGCUCAGGUGGCCAGAGACGACACCUGUCUGCCUCUGUCGCAAGCGGCCGACUUCGACCAGCCUGCAGCCCUGGCACCUGGCAGUACAGAACCUGACCCAACCACAGUGGAGCCUUCCUGUAAUACAGACGUCAGUGCAGAGCAGAGCACAGAAAAACCCUCCAAUGUCCCAGAGGAUCCUGAGAAACUGCCAGAUGUUCCUGAGCCAAGCAAAGUCAGGUUCACUAUUGCCCCGGCUUGGCAGAGAUCCCUUUCAGGAGGCACCUACAAAGAGCCUGGUUUCACCCAUCCCAUCAAGCCCGAGGCUUUUGAGCAGGGGCCUGCCGAACCAAGAGACCUCUCUGGCAAGGCCGAAGUAGCAGCAGCCAGCCCUGACAGAACCCAGAGCUCAGCGCCCCCCUCUAUUCCAAGACAGCCUCCCUCUCCAGAAGCAAACAGUGCUGAGAAUCCAUUUGGGAUUCGGCUAAGGAAGACUGCGGUCCUGCUGCGCUACAGCUCAGAGGGCUCCGGAGAGCACCCUGGAACCACAGAUCGUGUGGAGCCUAUGGAACCGCCAAGACUCCCCCAAUCCGGGCCCCCCAGUACAAAACCCGCCCUGCCCAAAAAACCUGACCUGCUGGACGACAGCCUUACCAAGCUCAGGAAAACCCCCGAGCCAGCUGUCAGCAAAGUGCCAGGAGGGACCGUGGAUUCACCAAGCUGGAUUUCUUUAGCCAAGCAGAAGCAGAAAUCCUUCAUAGAGAAUUCACCGGAGGAGACCCUUGAGAGAAAGUUCCCUCUUGAGAAGGAUGAAGCACUCACGGAAGGCUCUUUACCCACCUUGACAAAUCUGUCAAAUAAAGAAAAAGCCAAGCUUUCAGGUUCACCUGUCACAACGUCCUGUUCCCUGGAGAUCUGUAAACCUGCAGCAGUGGAAAAGGAAGGAAAGAGGACCCUGGCGCACUCACCCCCGGCGCCUUUAGGCCAGGACGAGCCCCCGUGGCUGGCCCUGGCUAAGAAGAAGGCCAAGGCCUGGAGCGAGAUGCCCCAGAUUGUGCAGUGAACGAGCACACUGCAGAACCGUUCCCUGUGUCCCAACCCCCC